AUGACCACCGACAGCAAGACGUUAGCCAAGUCUGAAGAGGACCUCAAGCGCGGAUCAUCUGAUGAUGUCGAAUCCUCUUCACUGCAUGCACCCCAACAUGGCGGCAGUGUUGUUGUUGACCUGGAAGGAGAACGAUCGUAUGUGAGGAAGCUUGACUUCUAUCUGUUGCCAUAUCUCUCUCUUAUGUACUUCUUCAAUGCCGUCGACCGUUCCAACUUGGGCAACGCCAAAACCGACGGGAUCGAGAAAGACCUCAACUUCAAAGGAAAUGAGUACAGCCUACUUAUUCUUCUCUUCUACAUCCCUUUCGGAACAUUAGACCUUCCCCUCAAUCUCCUCACAAAGAGAUUCUCGGCAAGAUGGGUCUUGCCUACGUUGAUGGUGGUCUGGGGCGGCAUUGCAACCGUUCAAAUCGCAUCGAAAAACUUCGCCGGAAUUCUGGUGCUCCGACUGAUCCUUGGCGCAUGCGAAGCUGGUUUCUUCGCCGGCGUAGUAUUUUACUUUACUUUAUUCUACAAACGAUCUGAGCUGGGCUUCCGUGUUGCCAUCUUCUUCGGCAGUGCUCUCCUUGCGGCAGCCUUCAGUGGCCUCAUCUCCUACGGUGUCUUCCAAAUCGAAGGCACGAGGCUUCAAGGCUGGCAAUGGCUCAUGCUCAUUGAAGGUGUCUUGACCGUGCUUGUCGGAGUCAUAGCUUUUUGGUGGCUACCAGCUUCCCCGGCAACCGCCUGGUUUCUUAACGACAGAGAAAAGGACGCAGCCUUAGCCAGGACCCUUCGCGAUGGUUCAAAUAAAGUGGACUCUGAGUUUGACUGGAAAGAGUGUUUUACGCUAUGGAAGGAUUGGAAGUUCGUUUUCUGGCUUUCCAUCGCGUUCAACUAUCCCGUCGCCUUCGCCACCACGUCCAACUUCUUGCCGCAGAUCGUACAGCGUCUCGGCUACAGUGUCGUCAAAACAAAUCUCUGGACUGUAGCCCCCAACGCCGUUGGCUUCGUGAUACUCCUGGCGACGGCAUACUCAUCCGACUACUUCCACGAGCGGACUUUUCAUAUCGUUGGCGCCUUAGCAACCUCCCUGGUCGGCAUGAUUAUUCUCAUCACGAUCGAUGUUCUUGAAAACCGGGAAUUAGCCUACUUUGCCUGCUUCCUCAUGGCUGCAGGAGCAUACACACCUUCAUGCCUGGUUCAAUCAUGGCACAAUAACAACAAUCUGAACGAGAAUAGUCGCGCUGCCACGACGGGCUUGCUCGUGGGCCUGGGCAACUUUGCUGGUAUCUUAUCAGCUGCAACAUUCCGGACCGAAUAUGCGCCCAAGUACAUCCCUACUCUCAUCGUUACUUGCUGCUGCAAUGUGCUGGCAAUGGCCUCGGCGUUGAUACUCGGCGGGUGGAUGAAGUUGGAGAAUCGUCGAAGGAACCAGGCCCAAGGAGUUAAUCUUCAAGCCCAAGAUGUGGACACUUCAGAAUUGCACGAUGGUGAAAAAUCGCCCAGGUUUCGAUUUUUCACAUAG